UACAUUGAUUAUAAAUUAUACCAAUUCUACCAAUUAUUCUCUUCACCAACCAUGAUAGAGCAAAGCCUUUGUCUUCCCUAAUCCCUACAAUUACAAACACAUCUUUUCUACGAUGUACCAUCAACUGGUUCUUUAAGUAAUUCUCAAGUCAUUCUCAGGACCAUCCCCAUGUCAUAUCCAAUCCUGGCAAUGUGGAUCCUCCAUUGUUUCAACUAUUAGAUUAACCUGGGUUAUGCAAGUCUUGCAUUUUUUGUUAGGGGAAAAAGGCCAUAAUGGUAACUAAAGGAUGUGGCAAACUGGCAAUUAGAGGUCCUCCAUCCAUGUGGACUAAUAAUUAUUAGAAGAAUGGAACACAUGGCCCAAGUAACUGUACAAGCAAGCGCCCCUCCUAAACGCACGCGUUUUGAAUGAUGAUUGCAGGCAAAGUGUUCGACAAAAAGCGCGAGACAAACAUAAUUUCUUUACCAGUCUUGGUUCUGUAAUGCAGGGUUGCCAAGUGAUAUAACUUUUAUUGUGGAUGGCAUAAACUUCCAUCUCCAUAAGGUGAGCCAAUAUUCAGCCCACUUUUAGGGUUUGAACUUAGUAACUUAUUUAUACUUCCUUCUGUUGCAUCUGUAAAGUGUAAACUGCGUGUGAAAUGAAUUAUAAUAUUUAUGUUUGAGUUAAACAUAUCCAUGCACUUCAUUUUUACCUGCUCCCCGACCCCUAGUUAAAUUAUGCUUCAUCGAGAUGAUUUGUUGUAGUUGGUCUUUCUUCUUAAAAUUUUGGGUGAUAUUCAUUUUCAAAAGCUUAAUGUGGCUGGUGAAUUCCAGAGAAUCCUAUAGUCGCAUACCAGGGAAAUCAAUGAUUCAUUUAAUGGUUUAUUUUUAUGGUUUUCUACGUCAUGGGUGUUAAAUCCCUUGAGCUUUCUGCAAAGUCCCAUUUACCAGGAUUAGAGAAUCUAGACCUCUAGGGGAUAGCAAAGGUAUAUUGGAAUGUGUUGAAGUAAUCAUUUCCUUGUCCUGAUAAUGCUAGUCCUAGAAAUUGUUAAAGUAUAGCAAUUGGGUUGGGAUUAUGAAAAUGCAAAAUCAAGGAGUGAAAUUGAGGUGGAGACUGGAGAAAAACUGUCGAGGUACCAAAAUAAUUGCGGUUUAUAACUUGAUCCAGUUGUUCCAAACCACAGUGCUUUAAUACUUGUUUUUUUUUUAAGCCUCCUCUUAUAUGCCUUUCGAAACUAUGAGUAGAGAUGCUAGAUUUAUGGACUUGUGUCUUUUUCUUUGGACUUCAUCAAAUUUGCUUGCCUUGUAAGUUUGCUUAAGAGACUAGGAUGCUCAUAUAAGCAGGUCGUUUAACAGAAAGGGAUUUUUAUGUCAGAUUGUGAGAGACCUAAACAUGUCACAACUCAUAAUCCUAAUGAUUACUGUUUAUUGAAUCAAUCCUCAUGGUUGCAUUAUUCAAUAAGAACUACAUUUAUUUCUUCACAUCUCUAGAAACAUCAUAACAAAUGAAAAAAAAAUAGAACAAUAGCUAAAAGGUUAUUUGCUCAAUAGGAACAAGGGAAUUUGAAAAAUCUUCAACAUCCACUGUUUUCUUGACUUGAUUUUCUUCAAAACAAAUGACAUAAUGAAAAACAAAUGGUAUUUUAUCCAAGGAAAGUAAUAACAGGUCGAAGAUAUGGCGCAUAAAACUUGAUACAAGUGCAUUGGUAUGAUUUUUAUGUAACUAUUUGUCCUCAAUGGAAAAGAUUUUUGGUUUGGGUUCCUUGUUUGUUUGCAAUGGGCAUUAAUGAGAUUAUAUUUCUCGGAUUAAUUGUUGGAUCAUGUAAGGGAGUGGCUUUGGUGUAGAGGUAAAGUUAUUCAAAAUGUGAUAUGAGAUCAUGUGUUCGAGCAACAGAAAUAGCCUCUUUAUAGAGUAGAGGAAGAACAAAUGUGGGACUGUUUCCGUGUAUUGGGUCACUUUUAUUUAUUUAUUCUUUUAACUUUUCGAACAUGUGGAGUGGUUACAGUAGUUGUCAAGAAAUCAUCUAUUUUUUAAUUACUACCAUUCCAUAAUUUUUGUCCAUUUUGCUUUUUCACAUGUAUUAAGGAAGUCUUUUUUUUUUAAUUAACUUUGCAAUUAUAUCCAUCUUAAAAAUGUUAAAUUUUAUUAAAUACUAAGAGGCUCACUUAGAAAAAUAACAAUUAACGGGAGGUUGUUUUGAAAAUAAGAUGAAAUUAAAUAGAGUUAUAAUAGUCAAUUUAUUUGUUAUUAUAAUAUAGAAAAGGAAAAUGGAUAAUAAUUUUGGUACAACAAAAAAAGAAAAGAUUGACAAAAAUUAUGGGACAGAGGGAGUAUUAGAUAAAGCACAUCACUUCUUUUGAGCAAAUGAUUUGGAUCAUAUUGUUUUCGUUGCUAGGCAAUCCAUUCUAAACUAAGGUUUAAAAGAAAUGGUUCCAAAAUUAACUGGAAUGUUAUUAGUUAACUUUGAAAUACAUUUAAAGCAUCAGCCAAUAGCAAAGAAAUUAAUUGUAGCAAUUUGGUGGAAUUGUAUUAGCUGAUGAGAAUUUAUUCAAUAUGUGGUUGUCUGUAUUAUGCUAAUAGUGUUCAUUUUCUUCUGUGGAUAAUUGUUUUUUAAAUAGUUUUACAUAUUAUUCUUUCUGCUACCAUUUUUCCUGCCACUUUUCUACUCAAAAUAUAGAAUUGUAAUGGCUCUCUUAUACUGCUUGUCAAAACAGAUGGAUAGUGUUCUUUAAUUCUUUGUUAUUACACUUGAUUAUAUAUUAGAUUGAAAUGAUAUAAUAGUGUCAAGUUUUAUUUUGAACCAUUUGUGACAAGAUAUGUCUGUCCAGUUUCCACUAGUAUCAAGAUGUGGGAAGAUAGAACGGAUAUGUGAAGAAUCAUUGGGAAAGUCUUUUACCACAGCCCUUGAAGACUUCCCUGGUGGUCCUGACACUUUCCUGAUUGCAGUAAAAUUUUGCUAUGGCAUGCGGGCAGAACUGACACCAAGAAACAUAGUAAAUGUAUCUUGUGCAGCAGACUACCUUGAAAUGACAGAUGAGUAUGGGGAAGAUAACUUGCUGUCCAAAUCAGAGAGUUUCCUCCACAAGAAUGUACUUCGCAACUGGAAGGACUGUAUAUUGGCUCUUCAGAGUUGUGAUCCAUUUACACCAAGGGCAGAAAAGCUCCAGAUAGUUAGCAAAUGUUUGAAUGCUUUGUCUAUGAUGGUCUGCACAGAUCCUAGUUUAUUUGGGUGGCCCAUGAUGAUGUAUGGUAGGUUACAGAGCCCUGGUGGUAGCAUCUUGUGGAAUGGAAUAAACACUGGUGCAAGAAUCCGAAGCACAGAGUCCGACUGGUGGUUUGAAGACAUCUCUUACCUUAGUGUAGGUUUGUUUGAAAAACUAAUUCAUACAAUGGAGACGAGAGGUAUUAGACCUGAAAGUCUUGUGGGUGCAAUUAUGUACUAUGCCAGGAAGUAUCUACCAGGUCUCGGCCGGUGGCAGAGUGGACAAAGUGGCAAAACUAGAACUGUUGCCAGUUUCAGCUUGACACCUGCUGCUGUUGAUCAGAAGGUUUUAUUGGAAGCCAUCGAGAAGCUUCUCCCAGAAAAGAAAGGGAAAUCCUUCUGCCGUUUUUUACUGGGACUUCUUCGUGUCGCAUUGAUUUUGGGUGUCAAACAAGCAUGUAAGGAUUCUUUAGAGAGGAGAAUAGGGAUGCAACUGGAAAUGGCAACCCUGGAUGCUCUUCUUAUUCCUACUUACUCAGAUUCUGAUACUUUAUAUGAUACUGACUGCAUGGAACGUAUCGUCCAUCACUUCAUGACUUCAGAAUCAAGGGUAACAUCAUUUUCUCCAUCCUUGGACCUGGAAACGUCACCAUCUUCUGAACCAUUAAGAAAGGUUGCAAAAUUGAUGGACAACUAUAUUGCGGAGGUUGCUUCUGAUGUAAAUUUGAAACCCAUGAAAAUACGUUCCCUUGCAGAUGCUCUUCCAGAAUCCUCAAGACCAUUGCAUGACGGGCUAUACAGAGCGUUGGAUAUAUAUUUCAAGGCUCAUCCUUGGCUGUCUGAGAGAGAGAAGGAAGAACUUUGCAAUGUUAUUGACUACCAGAAACUCUCCAUUGAUGCAUGUGCCCAUGCUUCUCAGAAUGAAAGAUUACCACUUAGAAUUGUUCUUCAAGUCCUGUUCUUUGAGCAGAUGCAGUUGAGAACUGCUCUUGCUGGCUGUCUCCAUGUCUUGGACACUGAAAGCGCCCCUGCAGGUCACAUGAUGGUCCCAGCUGACGUGGCAGGACAAAUUGUUCAGAGAGAUGGGUGGGCAACUGUCGUGCGUGAAAACCAGGUCUUAAAGGUAGAUAUGGAAAAUAUGAGAUCUAGAGUUGGGGAGCUUGAAGAAGAAUUUGGCAAAAUAAAACAAGAGAUGAAGCGGGUGACAAAAUCACAUAGCUCUCUUAGUUCCCCUCGCAUGGUUGCUAGGAAAAUUGGGUGCAAGCUUCUUCCACGAUCCUCAGACGCCGAACCAGAUACCAUUGACAGCACUGGACCCACUCCUAGAGCAUCAAUUGAGCAACCACGUUCUUCCCGGCAUUCUAGACAUAGGAAAAGUUUCUCUUUGUUUUGAGAGAGCAAAAAGGGAGUUAAAGACUGUAAAAUUGAAAAGCCUUAUAAUCCAAAAGGCAAUACAGAUUCAACAGAAAGGGUCACUGUAUCUUCAGCAUUGUAUUCAAGAUAUAACUACAAGCGACACUGCAGCUUCUUCCCAUCUUCUUGGAGCAUAUUUCAGGGUUUCUUUUUUCCCUCAGCAUCUGGAAGGGGGUAUUUUCUCUCAAAUUUUUUGCGUGGCAGUUUUAUGAUGAGAAUAAAGAUGAAAAUGUCAUAUGCUCCAGUCCAAAUCUGGACUUGUAGGUACACUACCCCAGAUUUUGAGUGGAGCUGCCAUACUUCUUGUAUCUAUCACAGGAAAAAAAUGUAUUUAUCACAUUAGGCUUUGUUCUUUUCUUUUAUCCUUUUGCCCUUCCUGUUUACAGUUGUAUAGAUGCACAGGUAUGUGAAUUGUUUGCAAAGAUUGUAAUUUGGAAUGUAUCAGAAAAUUCAAGUUGCAAUGGUUAAGCUUCUCCUUGAAUUUCUGUGA